AGCUACAACAGGCGAGUGUUACCAGGUAUCUUUUUUUCUGUUGUACCACGAACCUACGAAAAAAGUGUUUGAGUGUUUCCCUUGUAUUGAACCACUUCUUUGAUAUGGAAAUGCUUCAGAGCGUUUUGUUUUUCGACAUCAUAGACAUUCAUCGAUAGUAUGUAAACUCAUUCGAAUGGUAUGGUAAUCGAUAUCGAAUGAAGGACAAUGUGCGUUUAACAAAAUGUUGUCGCCUUAUCUGAAGACGUUUAUCUUAAGGCUACCGUUGGAGCAUCCUCAGCUUCGUCCCUGGAUCUUUUUCUACUUUAAAAUGACGCCAAGGAUGCUCUCAGGGAUGCGACCGCGGUAGCUCUAAUUAUCUUUUUCAUGAGCUGCAGUAGAAGGGGCCUCAACGUGAUGGAUUCGGAUUCUGGCUCAAACUUCGCCACGAUGGCAUCCGCUACGAAAGUUGUGGUGUAUACCAUAACCGGUGAACAUGCGGCAGAGUUUGACGUGGUGAAGAUCUUAUGACUCCGAAACAAGCAAGUGAAAGAAUAAUUCUUUUUCUUGAGUUCUGUAUCUGGUUAUGUGCAUUAAUUUGUAGGGGCACUACAUUUCUCCCGAGUUGUAGACAUCACAUUACAACCUACUACAGCGGUGCGAGCUCGGGCUACAGGAGAUAGCUCGAGCUCGAGCCUUAAUAUCCUUCAUCUCUCAUACAGAUACAAGUGAGUGCUUCACUCGCGUCAGCUUUUUUACUUUAGUACCACAUGAUCUGUGAGAUUUGAAGGUGGGCACGCCGAAUCUUAUUUCCUCUAAGAUUAGACGACGACGGCGAAGUGGAACAGCUCCGAGUGGAUCAGGUCUCGUCGGUAUCGGAUGGUGGCUUCCUUGCAGCAAAAUCAGGCAGCCAGGAGGAACUUCGGGAGUUAUGCUCUGGAAUAGGUUGAUGCUUAGUCAACAUUCAUGGUUUUAGCGAUCGUGGUAAUGGAGAUGAAGAAAGAAAGUACUAACCCAAGCCCAACAUUUAUCAAACAUUUCUAAUUUGACUAAGGGGUAACAAAGAUGAAAAUUGAUACAUUAGUCAGACUCUGAGUCACUUAAGUAAAAAGUCAGACUUAGUAACUAAAUGAAGAUGAAUUAUGCCAAAGAUACACAAACUAGACUAGUACUCAGUCAGAGUACUAGUUUAGCUUCUGUAGUUCUAGUUUUUCUCUGUAGAUCUAAGGAUUACGAAGGCCUGCCGCAUCGAGCCGGUGUGCGUGCGAACUGUGCGAAAAGAUUAAGGCAACACCUAUCACUCGAAACCUUGAAGAACUAGUCCGGUUUAUUUUCGAAUAUUUUUAUAUAUUCCCAUCGACCUGACGGGAGAUUGUUAAGUAUGAUCGAUCACGAUGCUUGUUGUAGACAGGAUCAUAUUGUUUUAAGUAUCUAUCUUCGCGAUGUUUGUCUUUGUAGUUCAACGAAGGAAACGCAUCAUCCCGCCGAUGGCGUAGCAUGGUCGUUUGGGAUCGUGCAGUAUGCUGAUGAAGUUCAACGACUACAACGGCCACGAACUUCUACCACAAAAUGAGGAAUUAUAACACACCUCAACUAUUUUCCUCUAAGGAUGUGCAGCAAAACUUUUCGGAGUUCCUUGGCAGCACACCCGCUUGAUCGUGGAUGAGGAAGACGUUACCUCGCUUUCGGCUUUGAACGUGAUCUCUCCAGAUCCACACGUAGUAGCGGUUGUGGAUGUUGAAAAGCAAAUGUGGUUGCAAGUGCUUUUGAGUCUCGAAUAUUUUUUCUAUCAGCGGACUAAAGACGCCAAUCAAAAACGGAAUAAAGACGCACAAGCACGCUGCCAUAAUAAACAUGACGAGGUGCUGGUGGAGAACACGCAGCAUGCAAAAGAAGAUGAGGAUUCACCAUCUGCUGCUACCGCAGGAGCCGUUGAGGCAUCCAUCAGCAACCUGAGUAUUUACAUUUAACAAAUAGAUGUAGCGCAUGAUGAGGAAGUACUCCCAGAUGAACAUGGCAUGAACAAUUAUACAAGUACCUUUUCCACCCAUUGUGGAAGACGACGAUAACGACAACAUGACUUAUCUACUAUGUUGGACUCUUCAUCUUUAUUUUCUUCUUGUUGUACUUGUAGAUGUCGCAACAUUGCUUCUAGUACACGCACAAAAAAAAUUAAGAUCAUAUCUACUUACGUCUACAGAGAGAUAUAGUGUUCAUCUUCUUCACCACUACAGAAAUUUCCACUGGAGGAGAGGCGUCAACGACUUCCAGACAAGGUCGCCCAGGACAUCUGGUUGACGUGAAGGACCAGAUGAAAAAUUAAGGCAGCUCAUCGCUCAUUGUCGAACAACAAGCGUUUUUACACUAAAUUCAGUCGCAUUUUUUGAACGCCAUUCAUUUUAAUGUGGUUCAUGUUCCUCGAUCUUGAAAAAACUAACCCACGCCAAGCAAUAGCUAAAGCAAGUUGUUGAAAAUGAUGACAAAGUGUGAGUGAUACUCAUGAUAAUGCAAACUAUCUAUGCCGAUGCUGACUUAGGUGGUAGUUCGAAGUUCUAUAUGCGUUACAGACGCGAUCGCGAUGCUGAUCCACAAGAACUCCUCUAAGAGAAAGCGACUCCUUACAUGAGUGAAAUUGCACGAGAGGCUGUUGUGAAUCACGACGAGUGCCUGACUUUUGAGUUCUGGCUUAGGCAUCUCCUGCUUGACGAGCAGCGCACACCUAAAUGCAUAUGGGAAGAUUAAGGCUUCCCCUAAUCCAUCCCUAUACCUAUAGUAUGUAAUCCCUCAAGCUGCAUGCUAUGCCUUCGAAUGCAUGUUGCUGAGGGAUUUCCACAGGGAUGCACGGGGGAGAGGUCUAAGAGCCCGAAAGUAUUAUGCACGUAGCAACGCGCAUAAAUCCAGACAUAAUUUACGAUAUAGAGGACCGCUUCUUAUGGGAGGAUCGGGAUCCAGGCGAGUUUUAAGAGCAUUGUCUUUGCUACUCAAUUAUAAUUAAUACACAUAUACAUAGAUAUACAUAUAUUAGAUAGAGAUAUAUGACUCAGGGCCGCACGCCCCCCCCCUCCCCCGGCGCGGGCGCGGGUCGUGACCCGCGAGCGAAGCGAGCCGCGAGCCCUUAACCGCGAGCCGCGAGCCCCGGCCCCUCUUUUCGAGAGGCUGCCGGGCGGGAAGGCCUCGAAGCGCCCACUUCUGACCCCUUCCCGCUUCUUGCAUGUACCCGACAGACCUGGCAAAGGUGGCAAAGGCUGGGCCCUCUUGUCGUGUUGCGUGUACCCCUACCCGAAAGAGCUGGCAGAGGAGGCAAGGCGCGGCCCGCCCCCUUCCUUGGCGUGCUGCAUCUCCCCGACAGACCUGGCAAAGGUGGUAGGACCCCUCGGGCGUGUUGCAUGUGCCCAACCCUACGCCAAGGGGGUGGGUUCCCGCCUUGCCUCGUCUGCCAGGUCUGCAGGGUACAUGCAAGAAGCGGGAAGGGGUCAGAAGUGGGCGCUUUGAGGCCUUCCCGCCUGGCAGCCCCUCGACAGACCUGGCAAAGGUGGCAAGCAUCCCUUUGGGUGGAUCUGUGGCGGACCACGCCAGAGGGGUCCAGCUUUGCAACAUUUGCCUGGUCGGUAGGGUUGGGCACAUGCAACACGCUAGAGGGGUCCAGCCUUGCCACCUUUGCCCGGUCUGUAGGGUUGGGCACAUGCAACAUGCCAGAGGGGUCCAGCUUUGCCACCUUUGCCAGGUCUGUCGGGUACAUGCAACACGCCAGAGGGGUCCAGCUUUGCCACCUUUGCCAGGUCUUUCGGCUUCGGGUAGAUGCAGCACGCCAAGGGGGUGGGUCCUGCCUUGAAUCCUCUGCCAGCUCUGUCGGGUACCUGCAACACGACAAGAGGGGCCCGCCUUUGCCACCUUUGCGCUUGCCAAGUCUGUAGGGUACAUGCAACGAGCCAGCGGGGUCCUGCCUUGCCUCCUUUGCCAGCUUCAGCGCCCCCCGGUUUGGUGGCGCUCUAGGGUACAGGCAAGAUGCGGGAAGGGGUCAGAGCAGCGUUGGGCGCUUUGAGGCCUUCUCGCCCGGCAGCAUCUCGAAGAGAGGGCCUGGCUGGGGCUGGGAGGCCCCCCCUCAACAAGUUUUUUAGAUCGGGGGGGGCCUUCACCCCUGAGCCUUGGCGCAUGCGUAUGGAUAUCAAAGACUAUCUUGACGCUAUACAUGAUCCAGGACUUAGGGCAGGGGCUGCCGGUCCCCCCCUAGCAAAGGGGGGGCGCGGUAAGGCUAAACCAACGCUCCAGGGCUCUUAACCCACUAGACGCAAAAGAGUCCCCUUCUUUAGUAGUGCUCUCCUCUUGUGGUGCUCCUUUUGUGUCUGUCAUGCUCCAGGCUCAAAUCUUAGGGCAAAACGUGGAAAAACACGCGUGACGCGCGUCACGCUCCGAGCCCGAAUCCUGAGGCAAAAUGUGAAAAAAAUACGCGUGACGCGUGUCACGCUCCGGGGGGGCCUGAAACUGCAGGCAGAACGUGAAAAAGAUACGCGUGACGCGCGUCACGCUCCAAGCCCAAACCUUAGGGAAGAAGGCGGAAACAGCACGCGUGACGUGCGUCGCGCUCCAAGCCCGAACCCUAGGGAAGAACGUGCAAAGACUACGCGUGACGCCCGUCACGCUCCAAAGCAGAACAAUACCGAGGAAGCCGCGGGCGCUCUUGUCUGGAUGUUCUUGGCCGGAUGUUCUUGCUUGGGUGUUCUUGUCUGGGUAUCCUUGUGCGUGUCUUCUUGUCUGGGUGUCUGUGGCUGGGUGGUUCUUGUCUGGGUGUUCUUCCCCGGGUGUCCUUGCCUGGGUGUCCUUUCUUGGGUGUUCUUGUCAGUCUGGGCGUUCAUUCUUGCUUUCGCGUUCUUGUCUGGGUGUCACUGUCUGGAUGUCUUUGUAGUCUGGAUGCCCUUGCUUGGGUGUCCUUGUCUGGAUGCCCUUUUCUGGGUGUUCUUGUCUGGGUGUCUUUGUCUGGGUGUUCUUGUCUGGGUGUUCUUGCCUGGGUUUUCUUGCCUUUGUGUGCUUGUCUGGAUGUUCUUGCCUGGGGGUUGGUUCUUGUUUGGGUGUUCUUGCUUGGGUGUCUUUGUCUGGACCUUGUGGCCCACAGACGCCGCCGGCUUUGAGGCCUCAAAGUGAAGAACAACACGCACAACACAAAAACCCCCGCAAAGGCUGGCAGGGCGGCCCCACCCAUUUCACGCCUGUGCUUUUUCUUGCCGCCUCCUUUGUUCCUUGGUGCCUUUUCGUUGGGUCUGCUGGUGGAUUGUCCGGGCCAUGGCAGCCAUACAGCCUUGGCGCUACUGAUUCGCUACACCUUGAUAACGACAAAAAAGGCGCACCAAGUUAGCCACCACGAAGGCGCUGGGCCCCGCGUCUCUUCGGGCGGUCGCUCAGGCUUGUACGUAAGGAACACACGACACGAAGAGAGCCAGGCACAUGCCAGGACCUACCCUCGCCGGCCCGCGGGGGUCAUGCAAUUUUUGCCCAGCUGAAGAAUGAACGCGCAAAGCCUCCGCUGAGUUUUUCUCUUUUCGUUUCUUCCUCAGCGCUACGCCCAGCUACAUGCUUGGAGAGAGUAAGAAGGGAAGAAAGGCAACAACUAAAAACCAAGAGCCAUCGGCCCGCUUAGUUCCCACCUGAAAGCCGCCGGCUUCCUUGCUGUUUCACUCUACGCGGUCAAGCCUAUCGAACUACAGAACUUUUGCCCGCGCGUUUCCUUUAUCGCUGUCUGCUUUCUAUCUUGCCCCCGUAGCUGCUUUGUGGUGUUUUUCUAUCGUGUCAUCCUGUGCGCGUCGCUGUCAUCCCUCUCGCCCUCUCUCUCUCUCUCUCUCUUCUCUCUCCCUUCUCUCUCUCUCCUCUCUCUCUUCCCUCUCUCUCCUCUCUCUCUUCUCUCUCUCUUCCCUCUCUCUCCUCUCUCUCUUCUCUCUCUCUCCUCUCUCUCUUCUCCCUCUCUUCUCUCUCCCUUCUCUCUCUCUUCUCUCUCUCUUCUCUCUCUCUUCUCUCUCUCUUCUCUCUCUCUUCUCUCUCUCUUCCCUCUCUCUCCUCUCUCUCUUCUCUCUCUCUUCUCUCUCUCUUCUCUCUCUCUUCUCUCUCUCUUCUCUCUCUCUUCUCUCUCUCUUCUCUCUCUCUUCUCUCUCUCUUCUCUCUCUCUUCUCUCUCUCUUCUCUCUCUCUUCUCUCUCUCUUCUCUCUCUCUUCUCUCUCUCUUCUCUCUCUCUUCUCUCUCUCUUCUCUCUCUCUUCUCUCUCUCUUCUCUCUCUCUUCUCUCUCUCUUCUCUCUCUCUUCUCUCUCUCUUCUCUCUCUCUUCUCUCUCUCUUCUCUCUCUCUUCUCUCUCUCUUCUCUCUCUCUUCUCUCUCUCUUCUCUCUCUCUUCUCUCUCUCUUCUCUCUCUCUUCUCUCUCUCUUCUCUCUCUCUUCUCUCUCUCUUCUCUCUCUCUUCUCUCUCUCUUCUCUCUCUCUUCUCUCUCUCUUCUCUCUCUCUUCUCUCUCUCUUCUCUCUCUCUUCUCUCUCUCUUCUCUCUCUCUUCUCUCUCUCUUCUCUCUCUCUUCUCUCUCUCUUCUCUCUCUCUUCUCUCUCUCUUCUCUCUCUCUUCUCUCUCUCUUCUCUCUCUCUUCUCUCUCUCUUCUCUCUCUCUUCUCUCUCUCUUCUCUCUCUCUUCUCUCUCUCUUCUCUCUCUCUUCUCUCUCUCUUCUCUCUCUCUUCUCUCUCUCUUCUCUCUCUCUUCUCUCUCUCUUCUCUCUCUCUUCUCUCUCUCUUCUCUCUCUCUUCUCUCUCUCUUCUCUCUCUCUUCUCUCUCUCUUCUCUCUCUCUUCUCUCUCUCUUCUCUCUCUCUUCUCUCUCUCUUCUCUCUCUCUUCUCUCUCUCUUCUCUCUCUCUUCUCUCUCUCUUCUCUCUCUCUUCUCUCUCUCUUCUCUCUCUCUUCUCUCUCUCUUCUCUCUCUCUUCUCUCUCUCUUCUCUCUCUCUUCUCUCUCUCUUCUCUCUCUCUUCUCUCUCUCUUCUCUCUCUCUUCUCUCUCUCUUCUCUCUCUCUUCUCUCUCUCUUCUCUCUCUCUUCUCUCUCUCUUCUCUCUCUCUUCUCUCUCUCUUCUCUCUCUCUUCUCUCUCUCUUCUCUCUCUCUUCUCUCUCUCUUCUCUCUCUCUUCUCUCUCUCUUCUCUCUCUCUUCUCUCUCUCUUCUCUCUCUCUUCUCUCUCUCUUCUCUCUCUCUUCUCUCUCUCUUCUCUCUCUCUUCUCUCUCUCUUCUCUCUCUCUUCUCUCUCUCUUCUCUCUCUCUUCUCUCUCUCUUCUCUCUCUCUUCUCUCUCUCUUCUCUCUCUCUUCUCUCUCUCUUCUCUCUCUCUUCUCUCUCUCUUCUCUCUCUCUUCUCUCUCUCUUCUCUCUCUCUUCUCUCUCUCUUCUCUCUCUCUUCUCUCUCUCUUCUCUCUCUCUUCUCUCUCUCUUCUCUCUCUCUUCUCUCUCUCUUCUCUCUCUCUUCUCUCUCUCUUCUCUCUCUCUUCUCUCUCUCUUCUCUCUCUCUUCUCUCUCUCUUCUCUCUCUCUUCUCUCUCUCUUCUCUCUCUCUUCUCUCUCUCUUCUCUCUCUCUUCUCUCUCUCUUCUCUCUCUCUUCUCUCUCUCUUCUCUCUCUCUUCUCUCUCUCUUCUCUCUCUCUUCUCUCUCUCUUCUCUCUCUCUUCUCUCUCUCUUCUCUCUCUCUUCUCUCUCUCUUCUCUCUCUCUUCUCUCUCUCUUCUCUCUCUCUUCUCUCUCUCUUCUCUCUCUCUUCUCUCUCUCUUCUCUCUCUCUUCUCUCUCUCUUCUCUCUCUCUUCUCUCUCUCUUCUCUCUCUCUUCUCUCUCUCUUCUCUCUCUCUUCUCUCUCUCUUCUCUCUCUCUUCUCUCUCUCUUCUCUCUCUCUUCUCUCUCUCUUCUCUCUCUCUUCUCUCUCUCUUCUCUCUCUCUUCUCUCUCUCUUCUCUCUCUCUUCUCUCUCUCUUCUCUCUCUCUUCUCUCUCUCUUCUCUCUCUCUUCUCUCUCUCUUCUCUCUCUCUUCUCUCUCUCUUCUCUCUCUCUUCUCUCUCUCUUCUCUCUCUCUUCUCUCUCUCUUCUCUCUCUCUUCUCUCUCUCUUCUCUCUCUCUUCUCUCUCUCUUCUCUCUCUCUUCUCUCUCUCUUCUCUCUCUCUUCUCUCUCUCUUCUCUCUCUCUUCUCUCUCUCUUCUCUCUCUCUUCUCUCUCUCUUCUCUCUCUCUUCUCUCUCUCUUCUCUCUCUCUUCUCUCUCUCUUCUCUCUCUCUUCUCUCUCUCUUCUCUCUCUCUUCUCUCUCUCUUCUCUCUCUCUUCUCUCUCUCUUCUCUCUCUCUUCUCUCUCUCUUCUCUCUCUCUUCUCUCUCUCUUCUCUCUCUCUUCUCUCUCUCUUCUCUCUCUCUUCUCUCUCUCUUCUCUCUCUCUUCUCUCUCUCUUCUCUCUCUCUCUCUCUCUCUCUCGGUUUUUCCCUUGUCUGUGUCAGUGCUGAGCCCGGGCGCGGCGGGUUUAAUUGUGCGCAGAACCAUACGGCUGGGGGUGCUUUCUCAGUCUUCCGGCAGCUUCCAGCUUGCUUCGCUAGUACCGCGCACCGCAUUAUCCGAAGCCUGUAGCCCCAUACAGAGGGACGCCCGUGGAGUCUCACUGACACACAGGCCGCCGCGGGGCUCUUGCCGCGUCAGUCUCAUGCGCACACAAACCGCCCCAAGGCUCUAGCUCCGUGCGUCGCGCUCCUCCAGACACAGGCACCCGCCCGAAGUUCUAGCCGCGUCACGCUCUCCCAGGCGCUCCCUUUGACUUUGUUUCGCGCGCCGAAGCUCUGGACGUCGCCUGAGGCGUCACGCGUGACGCGGGGGCCCUGGGGUGUUCGUUUUGUCUUACGGGGGGACACCGACAGCCCCGGGUCCCUUUGGAAGGCGUCUGCCAGGGGUGGAAGGCCUCAAAAGGGGGCCAAGUGGCCUCCUUCGCUCCCUUCCAGGUGCUUGGCUUUCUCUUAGAGGCCUCCGACGUACCUAGGUUCAAGGGCUCUGAAGGCGGCAAAGAAAAGCCGGGGGGCUGGGCCUCCUGCGCUGUGCAGCUUGUUCCCUCCGGGCCCUUGGUCUUUGGCUUGCUGGCUCUUGCGACUGUGGCUGCCCUCGGCGGCCUUUUACCCCGGCGACCAACCUCCCGCCUGUGAGGGUCAGCACGCUGAGCAGGCCAGGAGGUCCCGGAGGAACCCGCUGAGAGGCCCAGGGGGAGGCCCUCGCCAAUUUUGGACGCCUUCCCCCACUCGAUUCCGCGCGGAAAAGCGCGCGCGCACGCCACCACAGACCAGACCACACGGGGGGGGGGUGCCGUCCAGCCCUAAACCCUAAAUACUGCUUCUACUAUCUUUCUUUCUAAGUCUUGAGCUCUAGGUAGGUUUGCUCCACCACAAAUAUACAUAUAAAUAUAGAUGUAUUGCCAGGAGCAGAACAUCAACAACAUUCUGGUGUAGUAGUCCCUCUUUUUUUGAGCACGUCCCUCUGCUGCGUAUACAAGAAGACGUUGUAGAUGGGGGAGAGGGAUGAUCUUCCCUAGUGAAGAGUCACAAAUUGAAAUUGAAGCGGGGUUUGAAUAAGCCAUAGUCAACUGAAAAACUCAAGUCAACAAACUAGAAGUAUGUAUAUUAGCAACAGGAGCUACGCGUCUAGAUAUGGCUAUCGCUUGUUAUGCUUAUUUCUCUCUCACUCUUGCCCCUCUAGCCUAUAAUUAUAGCAGUUCUGAAAGAACCUAUCUCAUUUCUCUUAAUUCGUACUUAACCUUAAUAUUAACCGUAACCGAUCUAUGUCUAAUGACUAUUGUGGAGUCGUGGGUUUUUCGAGUCGCAGACAGCCUUUUUUCAGGGCCACGCAGCGGAUACGCUCGUACGGCUGGCGACUGUAUUGUGCCAGAAUGAUCCGCGACGGUUUUACCGGGAAUUUGUAGUCGGCGAAGCGCCUGGCUAUGAGAACAUGACACGUGCAUUGGCACUGGCAUGCGACAAAGAUUAGACCAGGACUUUUCUCGUUGCACGACCUUACUUUUUUUUCGUUUUUGGCUAGCCUAAGGAGGCGCGCUUCUCUAUGGACCGACGUCGUCACUCCGCUAGACCCCAGGCCCCAGGUCCCCCGGCCCCACGAAAGGGGGCCGUUUUAAUGCCGAAAAAAGUGUCGACGUUAUAUUUUCAAAAAUGGGGUGCAAAAUGACCCCCAUUUUUGUCGCCUCUUUUUUUUCAAAAUGGGCCCGUCUUGCGUACCCCUUGGCUCGCUCCGCCGUUUGGUCGGGGUUUGCCAUCAUUCAUGGUAGGCCGGAUCGCCUUGGGGGGUGCUCCGCUGUCGAUAUCGACGGCGCCGAAGGCCCACGGUCGCGCAGCGUCCAAGGCGUAGGGGAGUUCUUCGCCAGGCCUUGCCACUGGCGGCAUGGGCAUUUUUGAAAAAAUUAAUACGGUUGUGCAACGAGAAAAAUCCUGGUCUAAAAAGAAGUAGACUGUGUAGCGGAAGAUGCCACGAUGGAUGGCGCCAGAAGUGAACAUGACCCUCAAGAAGGUCCUGAUGAGCAUCAGAGAGAACAAGCCUCUGAUGUCGAGUCAACUAGUUCAUCUGAGGAGGAGGAAGAGGAUGAGGAACAAGAAGGGGGCGAAGGCGAUGCUUCUGUACUAAAUGACGAGGAACAUCAGGAACAAGAGGUGGUAGUGGACGAUUUUGAGGACACUCAUACUAGUGAGCAGUACGAUUAUGAUCCUUUUUUUGGCACGCAACGAGUUUUUCGAUCUCUCCUGAAAAAAGCACGACCUCUUCCCGCAGAAAGUUCUACUCAUCCUCAAGGAGAAGAGAAGAGGAUCCGCGACCAAGUUGACGCCAGAAAGAAGGCACGUGCAGCGAUUUUCCGGAUGCUAUCGACGAAUGGAGGCACCCUACAGUUGUUUCUCAAGUGUUGCAAAUCUACUUCUGGCACAGCUCGUUCUUGUUGGAGCCUGCGUGACGACAAAGAGCUAAUCCUUGCAGCAGUGGAAAACUCAGGAAUGUGCCUUAGGCAUGCUUCCGAGAAGCUGAGAGCGGAUCCCGACAUUGUUCUUGCAGCAUGUCGUCAAAACGAAAAUGCGAUUAAGUUCUCUCUGCUCAAAUUUGACAGCGCUCGAGGCGCAAAACAUCAACAGGGACAGAUGGAGGCGGAACAACAAGCAGACUCUUCUGGUUCUGAUGUUCGAAGGAAAGAACACAAGGAUACCAUUACCAACUACCAGCACCAGGACAUCAAGGAUUUUGGUGUUGGAGGAAGGCAUGAGCAAAAUCGACAGAAGAUUGCGUCCUUGAAUUUGGAUGUUGGAGGAAGGCAACAAGAGCAGAGUCAACAAGAAAUUGCUUCGGAUUUGUUGCAGCACUGCGGAGAAGAUUUACUGAAGAAGCGGUAUCCAGCGAUCGGAAUGAUGUGGGAUCGCGUUGAUCGUGAUACAGCACUCAAGGCAGUGGAACGAAAUUGGAGGGUUUUUUCCAUGCUUUCCGCCGACUUGAAGCUCAAUGAGGAACUCGCAGCAGCCGCUGUCUCCUCUGCGAUGGGCGAAGAGGGGCAGCGCCUCUACGAUACGCAAAUCAAGAACUGCCUCCCUCACUGUGAGAGCUUCAAGGUUAUGUUUGCUUCCGCGGGGAACCUCAACAUCAGGCAAGAUCUUGACGACGGCAUUCUGAAACUGUUGCGGUUGGGGUUAAAGGAGUCGAAGGACCUUGCCUGCAAGCUGGUGCGAAAGGUUAAGCGUGAAGCUGAAGGCAGGGUCACUUGCUUCAACCUUGCGGCAGACGAGAAGCAUUACGAGAAAAUUCGUGAUAGCGUUCUGCUCAAAACGCAUGGUGCUCAAAAGGUGGAUGCCAGUUGUGAACAAGAGGUGACGGACUUUCUUUCGCGUGCCUUGGAGGAGGUGGGCAGCGAUGUUGUGCUGUGCGUGCCAGCAACUGAUCUUUACCUGCUCGCCACGCAUAAGCCUGAGGAAUUCUGCAAAGCGAUUCGCGAGUCCAAACAUGCAAGGUCUGUUUUUCACAAAUUCUCCAAACAAGCAUCUACAAGGCAGUGGCUUUGUUCCGUCGACAACAAGACCAACGACAAGAACACCUCCCAUUCAUCUGAUCGUGCUUUUACUGGUGCCCGAAGAGCACUCGUUUUUGCGGCUGCUGGCCAAUCGCCUCAAAUCGUACUCAAGUUUGGUGCAGAAGAUGAAAGUCUUGACUUCAGUGACAAUGAUGAAGUCGUUGACGCCGCGGUGGAGCAGUAUGGUUACGGCUUUCAGUAAUACUAAUUCACUUACACUUGUUGAAGUAGAAGUACUUAGUUCUGCUUCUGGAACCUUAGAUAGAACAUGGAGAAAAUGAAUGCCCGCCAAAGAUAAAAGUACAAUGAUCGAGCACGAGCAGUAAGUAAUAGCAAGAGUAAAAAGUAGAGCAGUAAAUCGUUGUACUUCAAGUAGGCGCACGUGCAGGUUGUACGACGUCUUGAUCACUUCUCAAAGGCAGGAGGAGAGUAUCGCAAAUUCGUCAUUUUUGCGUGUAGGUAGGAGUAGCAUCACUCUUGUUUACUCGCCGAAGCUUCAAGAUUUGCCUCGGCAUAUGUAAGGGAGGAGUAUCGCAAAUCUGUCUUUUUUCUGUGUAUUAAGUCGGGGUUGUAGUAUCGCUCUUGUUGACUCGCUUAGGCACCAGUAAGAAUAUCGCUUCCCUCACGCGCUAGCACACCAACGUUCGCGAGAGGUGGAAGGUUUGGAUUUUCAUUUUCGCGACACGUCGUGGCUCCGCUGUAUCCACCUCCUUCUUGGCAAUCGCUGCUGCGCGCGCUUUCACUCCCGCCCCCCUAAUAAAGGAAUGAUCCACCUCCUGCGCCCGCAGUGGCAGCUAAAGCCUCAUACUCGGUGUCGGCAUAAUCCAUGGGACACUCACCAUACUGUUCCAUCCUCCUAGAGCCCUGCUUUGCUCUUGCUCCCAACGCAGCUUUUGCGAGGGUCGUAGGCAUAGAUUUAGUCCGCUCUAUUGUCUCUAAUGUAGCGGGAAAGCCUUGUACUAUGCUUCCGAACGGCUCAGAAGGGACCCUCGCUUCGUGUAUCGCCUUUUUCGCGAGGGCAACCGCACUGGCUACUCCUUGUUCUUGGACGAUUUUCUUGGAUGGCAAUCGAUGGCCCCAAGAGAAACUCAGACGCUGGCGCACAUCGCUUUGGAGCGUGGUUAUUUGGAGGGUGGUCGUCGCCUUCACAUGCUACCGGCAUUGGGAGAUUAAGGCUACCGCUUCAGCAUCCUCCAUAGGUUCUCCUUCCUUUUCAAUGGGAAAAAGGGCACGGGGACGGCCUCAGGGAUGCGACGCGGUAGCUCUAAGAAGAAUUGCAAGAGUCUCCUGUAUUGAAGGAGCUAGAGCGGCUCUACAUCCAUCACAUGAUCGAACCUGUGAUGGAGCUCGAUAAUCAGACGACAAUAUUAAGAGAUGAACGACCUAUAAAUAAAAUAAUUUAUGUAUAUUUAUUAGGUAGCGUCUCCUUCGACCAAGACGUAUAUUAUCUGCUAGAGCAGAAAGAAGAGGUAGUGACAUACCUAGACUUCUGCCCAGACCUAGAGAUAGAGGUAGUGACAUAUGAUACAUAGGCUUGAUGUCUAUUCAUGAUAGGAAUUUGUCAAGUAUCUGCAAGACCAAAAUCUUAGAUUCUACGUCAGCUACGGAGUUUCUUUUUCGAUACCAUCUAAUGCUAAAAGACAUUUUUGCGAAACUCGAUCCCCAGGAGAAACGUGUUGGAAGCUACGAAGAAUUCUUGAAGCUACUGGACGAGAAAGUAUUUGUAUUACUAGGUGUUGUAGCUGUAGGUGAUAGUGAAAAAUCGAAGACGAAGUUGUUGUGGUACAUAAAAGUAGUUACAAGAAGUAAACAGUGAAGAUGAACAAAGAUGAAAGUAGUCCUCUGACUACUAGUUUUAGUAAAAAAAUUUUUGCACAGUUUCUCGUUUGAAUGGUUCUGGUAUUUGGUAACCUGAAUUUGAUCCUAAGGGAAAACAAGAAGAGAACCCUUAGGAUCAAAUUCAGGUUACCAAAUACCAGAACCAUACGUCGUCUUUUCCAUCAGCAUCAUACCUUUACGACCUUCCACGACUUAUUUUGUCCAACAUUUAAAUCCAGAAACUUCGUGCUCCACCGCUUCCCGACGAUGACGAAGAGAUGCAGAGUCCUGUGACGGAAACUACUGACAUGCAGACAUGACUGAGACGAGUAGAAGCAACGUGUGUAAGCUGAAGAGAUUCAGCAUGAAAAAGAACGGAAGGUUAAGUUGUGUAAUUCUUGGCUCUCUUGCUUGUUGGGGACGAAGGCGAAGCAAAUGAAUAUCCAUGACCAACAAGAAGAACCGCUGAAGAUAAGGACGACGGAACAAGUGGCAGUCGUGACAACUUAUAUCUACUCAGUUGUACUUGUAAUCAAGAUCAUUGAGGAGAACAAAAUUUAUUUGAGUAGCUUCAGCACUGUAAAAUUCCCAUACAAGAACGAAGAGGGAGCGAAGAAAGCCCGCGAGCCAUUCACGUAGGAUGAAGCCAUGGCGAGUUGCUUUUUUGUGGAGUAUGAUUUUUACGAGAGACGUGAUAGUGAUGGUAAUGAGAUUAUCGGCGAGGGUGGCAUAAUGACAUUACUUUCUUCAUCAUUUGAUAUUGACACCAUGAUAGAAGAAUUAGUACCGAGUAGCAAGCACCAGAUUUAUUUCGAUUUUACAUAGCUCGGCCGCAAGCGUGAGGAGCCUGCUUCUCAGAACAAGCGGUGGUCGUGUCGACUAUGUGCUUUUUUUAUGCGCAAUGAUAUCUAUGUCUAUGAUAGGAUGCGCGACGAAACUCUAACUUCUAGCUUCGGCGACCAAGCAAUCUAACCUUCGUUUUCUUGAGCCAUGCAUAUGCUGCUUCAUCAAGCCAUGCAGAAAAAUAUUAGCUGCGCCACUUCUUGUAAAUGUAAUAUCCGCACCAGCUGAACAU